AGGCUGCUCCCAUCCCUUGGCUAAAGAAAAUAAUUCUAACUCCACUCAGUUUUCUCCAGCUGUUCAGUUAUCAUCUGAGAAAACCUCCCCUCUUUAUGCUACAGCAGCUAAAGGAAUAUUUGGAAUACCGAAGAUUGGAAAGCGACUCUCUAAGCAGAUCAAAUAUGUUUAUAAAAGUUCUACUCUUCAUCUUCCUCCUCGGGAGCGUGCCUUUUGCAGCACUUGCUCAAGAAGCAAGCUCAGUUCUAGAAGGAGAAGAAAGUACAACCAUUGAUUUCAGAGACAGAAAUGACACAGAAUUUGAAGAACUACCAACAAUGUUUGGAGAACUGAAGACCACAGAAAGUACUUUUGUCCUGGAUGGAGAAAGUGAAAAUGCUACUGCUUAUGAAGUUAACACACAAAGUGUUGAUGGUGAACGGAGUGGGGAACCAGAGGAAACUGAUGAAGGUGGUCUGGGAACAAUUGCACUGGUUGGAAUAAUUACUGGCAUCAUCAUUGCGGUUGGAAUCCUUGCAGGAAUAAUAAUUGCAGUUGUAAGGAAGAUGUCAGGCAGGUACUCGCCCUAAACACAGUUGAAACAAGCAACCAUGCCAUUUCAUGCCAGAAAAUACAAGUGCUUCUUAUUUCAUACAAACUAAAGACUAUUCCUGUAUUUGUGUGAGAAGAUGAUCCAUGGAAAAUAUAGUUGAAGAAUUUCAGAUCUAUGGGGAUACCACACAACUCUAAGGACCACCCUUGCACAGAUCAGGGAACAUUUCAUAGGAUUUUUUACUAACCAGAAUUUUAUUAGAAGAAAAAGAUUUUGCAGUAAGAAAAAACCCUGCUGCAAAGAGAUGUACAUCUGAAAUGUGAUUUGCAGGUAUUAUGUGCUUGGGUUUUAAAUGCUACCAAAAAUUAUUUCACAUUACAUUACAUGUAUUCUUUUAAAACAAAAACAAACAAAAAAAAUAUGUGGUUUUGGCUGGUUGAGUGCUCCUGGCAUGUUUAUCUACUACAUGAUGUAUCAAAAAGGAGGAAUUAGCUUCAGUGAAACCAGUUAUCUACAGUAGGAAAAUACUGGAUAUUGGAAGCUAAAAUCCACUACUGAUACAGAUUUUCUGCUCUUGAUACUUAUAUUAUUUUGUGGCAAAGUAUGGUACGUCUGGCUGGAACUGACCUACCAACUGAAAGCUUGCUCGUCUGACUAUGGCAUCAGGAAUUUCCUGCCUUCUCUUGUUGCAGAGACAUGCAGGAAUUGAAAUACACAUCCUGAACUAAGGGGUGCUUCGAAAAUACCCAGUUUUGAUGGGUCACUUUAGAGCUGACACGUAGAAGCUUUAGAAUUAGCUUAGGCUGUGCUUUUUCUUUAUGCCAGUCCCAUUUCUUAACUGUACAGCUGAUUUUUGUUUGACAACAUGUGCAGAACCAGGUCAGAAUGUGUCACUGAGGUGGGAUGCUGCUUUGGAGUCUGCAGCUUUUUCUGGGGCACAUUUAGAGCAGCACAACCUGAAUGUGCAGAGCUCAGAGCAAAGGCUUUGCAUGUCAAGUGGCUGCAGUGCAUCAGGUUUCCUAAAUUUUAUGGCACUUCAGUGUUUGGUGUAAAAAUCAUGAUAAUCAGUAUCAUCAUCCAUUGUUAAAUUUGUCAGCUUGUCUGUGGUUUGCUUUUCUGUUUCUUUCAUGUGCCUUGAACUAUCAUAUCAAUACAAGCUUUGGAGAUAAAAACCAUAAUAUAAACUCUAUCAUUUUACAGUAAUUUUUCUUGGUUUUCUUUAAAAAAAAUGAAAUGUCUUAAAUUUCCUUCAAUAUUCCUGACUUAUUUUGCUACUUGUCAUAUCAAUGCGAUGUCUACAACCAACUCACUUGACACAGAUAAGUGAAACUAUAAUUGAAAACUAAACACAUGAGAGAAAACUAAUUCAGGGGUAUUUAGCUACUUCUGGAGCUGAUGUGAUGAGACCCUCAGUCUGCGACCAAGCAGUUAGCUUAAUCUUUAUCUUUGUGUAAAUUUAUAUGAAAGCAGGAGAAUUCCAGUUUUUUCUUCUUGCAGCAAAAGAAUAUUAAUUCUGUUAGCCUCAGCUUAACAAUUUCUUAUCUGUACUGAGAAAUACCCCAUAAGGUGCUCUAAUGCCUGCUCAAAUGCAUGGCAUAUGGAAUUAUGAAUUAUUCACCCAUUGGAGGGAAUAGCACAGAUGUCACCAGUUUCUUCUGCAUCGGCUCAGUCACUGCUAAUUUGCAAAUACCAAAAUGAGGAAAUCUUUCUUACACCACCAAUAGUAACAAUUUGAAAAAUGUAUAGCAGAGAAGCUUUCUGGGCAGUUCUGAGUUUCCCUGGAUCAUGCACAGGACAGUUGAACAGGCAGCACUCUGCUCAAGGAUACUGUGCUUUGUUCCUACUCCAGAAGCCAUUUUAACUUCACAGCUACUUAAUUUUUCUGGUCUUAACUGUGCCUUUAUAGUCACCCCCUUGUUUAAGGCAAGUUUUUUUAAUCUUAGGUAAAAAUCAACCCUUGAACAAAUGGCCCAUGCUCCACUGAAACAUUUAGGGGGCCUCCAGCACUGGAGACUCAGUACUAAAUAUUGUGCUACACUAAAUCUGACCAACAAAAACAUGAACACAAUUUCCUUCUGGUUAUCCAGUUGGAGUCCAGAAUACUCAGUUAUGGCUAAAGCAAGUGAGAAUUCCAAAGAACCAGAAGAUAUCUCUCAUUUUGAAAAUUCAGCAACUGCUGCUGCACUGAUACAUUCAAUAUCCCGAUGAUUCAUACACCUUGCUGCCUGGAAAUCUCAAGUGCAGAACAUUCCUGUCAGCUUCAAGCAAACCUCAAGAAACAAUGGAAAAUUCAUUAAAAUGUUGCACAUUUG